AUGUCCUCCUCUGCCGUCAAUCAGAGACACCACUCGCCACAUCACGCUACUGCAAAUAACUCACCCGCCGACGACGAGGGCAUCGGCGACGAUGACGACUACCUCCUGUUCAGCGCGGAGCCGGACGGGUGGAAGUCUAUGACUUCGUCAAUAAAGAACCAUGUUCAUUACGGAGGCAGACGGUAUCACCGCUACAGAGAUGGGAAAUACCCCUUUCCGAACGACAUGGUCGAGCAGGGAAGAGAAUAUCUGAAGCACGAUAUGAUUACGCGUGUGACCGAGGGCCGACGUUUCCAUGCGCCGAUCGGGAGCCACCCGCAGAAGAUUCUCGAUUUAGGCACCGGCGUAGGCGUCUGGGCUAUUGAAGUCGCAGACACAUAUCCUGGGGCGCAGGUCGUCGCCGUAGAUUUGUCUCCAAUACAACCAGACAUGAUUCCAGGAAACGUGGACUUUUUAAUAGACGACAUUGGAGACGAGUGGGUGGAUCCUGUGAGUACCUGA